AUGCAUUUUAUUAAAUAUUUCCUUGUCUUUGCCUUGUCUGCAAUCCAACUUAGUGUUCAAAGGUCAACAUAUGCACCAUAUAUAACAUAUGAAGCAUACGAAGGAGAUUUUCCUUCAGACUAUGAAGAUAUAACAACAUUUAACAAACUAGGUAGUGAAGGAACUCGUGGAUCUGCACAAGAAAGAACAUUUGAGUAUGUAGUUGGUCCAGCACCAACAUCUGGCAGAUCAAGUAAAGGAAUAGAAACAGUAUAUGUUUAA